AUGAGUUUUGGUUUUUGGACUAAAUUUAGCCAAAAUCUAGUUCAAUCCAAAGCUCCAGGAAACAUGACUAUAGAUAGCCUAACUAGACUUAAAAGAAGGCUUAAAAGCGAGUUUUGACCUAAGUGAAAAAUCCUGGAUUUUUCUCUAAAAUAAUGACAAAGAGAACCCCAUUUAUACACUUUUUGCAGGUGUUUACUAUUAUUAAUCUUCC